GGAGUGCGCGGUCACGUCUAAAUCGCAGUUAUCGUCCGACAUCGUCUGACUUCAUCACAAGCAUGAACGGGUUCACAGUUGUACUCCUGCUGGCCGUGGCUGGCCUGACGAACGCUUACCUCGACCAGGGCAAUUGUCCUUCAAUCAAACACGUCGACGAGUUCGACCUUCCUUCUUACAUGGGUCGGUGGUUCGAGACUCAACGAUACCCUGAUGGAAUCGAAAAAGGAAGAGCCUGCGUCACGGCAGAUUACGUACUUGUCAACGACACGAGGUUCUCCAUCAGGAACUCUGCUAACCUCCACGACGGAUCAAUCGAACUGCUUCACGGGAACGCCGUGACCACAGACACCCCCGGCCGGUUUAUUGUAGGGUUCCAAGGCGAGCCUCCCAUCGUCUACAACGUCCUGGCCACCGACUACGCUACCUACAGCUCCGUCUACAGCUGUGCGGAGGGAGAAGACUACCGCGAGCAGUUCGCGUGGGUGCUGUCCCGCACUGAACGGCUCGACCCGGACGCACUCGCUGCGGCGCUGGACGCCUUCGACUCUAACAACAUCGACACGUCCGUCCUGCAGGUCACGCCGCAAGGCGGACACUGCGUCUACACGAGUCCGCCUCCCAAGGUUUAAAGGCUGCAUGAGAAACCGGUGUAAUUUUCGAAUUUGAGGAAUUUGAUUUUUACGCUAUGCAGUAAGACGGUUAUCAACUUGUGGAAUGGAACGAUAUGAUCAUAGAACAUGAAAGUGUCUGUGACAAGUAAAAGAAAAGCAUU